UUAAAAGAGAUUCAAAUAAAGUUCAAUCGCAAAACCCCAUUCUUACAGGCACACCUAGAAAUUUUAUUCUUUUAUGUAGUUGAUAUUUUUCAGUAUUGCAGCUAAACUGACUCCAGCAUGAAUUUCGAAGUUUGUUUAAUCUCAUCGAAUACACUUAGGAGUAUGGUUGCAUAAUGCCGCAAAAAUUAUUCAAGAUGCUAGCUUUACGUUCUCGUGUUUGCAAAUUCUUUUCUAGAAACAUCUCAGGAUGGUCUGAUGGUUUACGUAAACAGUCAAAAUUAUCUGAAGUGGUCUAUUCUCGAGAAGAUAAAUUUGGAGCGCAUAAUUACCACCCAUUGCCGGUGGCUUUAUCGAAAGGCAAAGGUAUAUACGUCUGGGAUGUGGAUGGAAACUGCUAUAUAGACUUCUUGAGUGCGUAUAGCGCAGUGAAUCAAGGCCAUUGCCAUCCACGUAUUGUGGAGGCUCUUAAAACACAGGCAGAGUUGCUGACUUUAACUUCGCGUGCAUUCUACAGUUCUGCUUUAGGAGAAUUCGAGGAGUUAAUCACUAAGAUGUUUGGUUACGAUAAAGUUCUGCCAAUGAAUACAGGCGUUGAAGCUGGUGAAACUGCUCUGAAGCUAGCGCGCAAAUGGGCUUACAAAGUUAAAAAAAUCCCUGAUGGACAAGCAAGAAUAAUAUUUGCUGAAGGAAACUUCUGGGGUCGCACUUUAGCUGCAUGCUCUUCAUCUACAGAUCCCACCUGUUAUUCAGGAUAUGGACCCUUCAUGCCAGGAUUUGUAAUUAUCCCCUACGACGACUUGAAGGCUCUUGAAGCUGAAUUAAAGAAUCCAAACACUUGUGCAUUCAUGGUUGAACCAAUUCAAGGUGAAGCUGGUGUUCGUACACCUUCAGAUGGUUAUCUAAAAGGUGUACGGAAAUUGUGUACGCAGUAUAAUGCAUUGUUUAUAGCCGAUGAAAUUCAGACUGGAUUAGGCAGAACAGGGAAAAAACUUUGUGUCGAUCAUGAAAAUGUCCGUCCUGAUAUCGUUUUAUUGGGAAAAGCUUUAUCCGGGGGUGUACUACCAGUGUCAGCUGUUUUAGCAGAUGAUUCAGUUAUGCUGACUAUUCAACCUGGUGAACAUGGUUCAACCUAUGGUGGUAAUCCUUUGGCUUGCAAAGUUGCUAUGACUGCUUUAAAAGUUCUAGAAGAAGAGGGAUUAGCAGAACGUGCACAAAAAUUAGGCGAAGCCUUCCGUAGUGAGCUGAGUAAACUUCCAAAGUCUGUUGUUGAGUUAUAUCGUGGAAAAGGUCUUUUGAAUGCCAUUGUAAUUCAUAAGGAAUUUAGUGCAUGGGAUAUCUGUAUGAAAUUACGUGACCAUGGUCUAUUGGCUAAACCAACACAUGAUACAAUAAUCCGAUUAGCACCACCAUUGAUUAUCUCAAAGGAUGAGUUGGAUAAAUCUGUUGAAAUUAUACACAAAGUGAUCAGUUCACUGAGUAAAUAGAAAAACACAAACAACAAAACUUCAACAAAAACGAUCUAUUUCAGAUAACUACCAAUAUAGGAUGUUAUGUGUAUAAUAUUUGGACAAUGCUUUGGCGGUUUAAACAACAAAUUGAUCUGCUGCUUUCCUUUAUAUACCCAUACCUUUCAUUGACAGGAUGUUAACAAAAAACAAAUUGCUGUGAAACAAAUAUGUUUAUUUAUCAUCUAAUUGAUUUAAUUCUAUGAGUAUUUUUGUUAUCAUUUUUUUAUUCACCAAGAUUAUGAUACUCAUAUAUAUAUAUAUAUAUAUAUAUAUAUAUAUAUAUAUAUAUAUAUAUAUAUAUAUUUGAUUUUCUGAUUUUGAUUUAUGUUCACUACUUAUUUUCCUGGUGUUGUACACUUCACUUGUGUUAUUUUUUGCCAAGAAAUAUUCUAAUGAAAACAAGAAUUAAUAGAAUCGUUUGAUAUUCUCAAGUUAUCUAAUUAAUUUUCUUCUGAUAUGCUUCACUUGAUAUUGUCUUUGAUUUGGAUAUAUUUUGCCACUCUAUAUAAUAAAAAUAGUUUAUUUUUC